GUAAGCUCGCUUGUCUUGGCAAUAAUUUAGGAACUUGUCGCAUGAGAGAUCAGCCUGGUAUCCUAAAUUAUUGUACUCUACGCUGCGAGAGCGGUAAGAACUUAGUAAUGAUUAAUUGGGCUCAAUUAAAUUAAUUUCAUGUAAUUAGGCCUGAUCUGCCAUAAAUCUGGUUACCCCGGAACCAAUCCCUAUUCCCUUCGUCAUUAAUUAGAGAGAACCCAUUUAUUUUAAUCGUUUAGUUGCAUCUUAAAUUUUCAUAACAAAUCAUAUCUCGCACGACGCAUUUAUUUUAUUUCUUUUUAAUCAUUGAAUUUAAUUAAUUUUUGAUUUUCUUUUGUCCGUCCCUAUUUCAUACCCGUAAAUUCCUAUUUGUGAAUAUAUUUACAAUGUUCUACUCCUAUAUACACGGAAUUACCCAUAUCCCAAAUGAGAAAUGCUAGGAACACAAGUUGUACACAACUUGUACACAAAAUGUCGGUCUCAGAUAAUUGGUACGGAGUUACUUGUGAACACGGACAAGAAUUGUCUAUAUACACAGACAAAUUUGUCUGUGUCCACAAACAUUUACUUUUCUGUCAGUGUACUUUUUACAAAAAAAAGUAAAUGUUUAUGGAUACAGACAAUUCUUGUAUGUGCUCACAGGCAACUCUGUACCAAUUGUCUCUAAUAGACCUUUUGUGUACAAGUUAUGUACCAUAGGUCCAUAGCAUUUCUCAUCCAAAAUGCGGUAUACUUCGUACGGAGUAUAUAGCAAUUUUGAGUUUUGAUUCUCUCAGGGAUUUGACCGUUCUUCAAAACUACUCCGUACUAGGAAACAGAAGUCGGCUGAGAUUCACCCGCGGGUAAGAGCGUGGGGAACCCCACCGGCCAGGUGAGGUCAAGAGUUCAUCACCAUCCUCACAUCAUCGCAUCACAAAAGGUCACACGCACUCCAUUAUAAAACACCAUCGAUUUCAGAUUUUCUUUCCGGAACUAGUUUACCUCCCCAUCGGAAGCGUCGGUUUCCCGUUUUCCCCAUCAUCUGGGAUUUCGUUCUUCAUUUUAGUUUCAGAAUUUGAAGAAAAAUGACCGUGGAAUCGAUGCCCGGUAGCUCAGGGUACUUGGAUGUCGGUGACCGGAAGGUUACAUAUUUCAGCAAUGCUUAUGUCCUGGGUUUGACCAUCAUUGCCGGUAUUGGGGGCCUCCUUUUUGGCUAUGAUACAGGAGUAAUUUCUGGUGCACUUUUGUACAUUAAAGAUGAAUUUGAGGAGGUGAAUCAAAGCAGUUUCCUGCAGGAAACUAUUGUCAGCAUGGCUUUGGUUGGAGCCAUGAUUGGAGCUGCUGCGGGAGGCUGGAUUAAUGAUGCUUAUGGACGGAAAAAAGCUACCCUUUCAGCUGAUGUUGUUUUUGCACUGGGAGCUAUUGUUAUGGCUGCAGCUCCAGGUCCUUAUGUCCUUAUACUUGGAAGACUUUUAGUUGGUCUUGGGGUUGGCGUCGCAUCUGUCACUGCUCCUGUAUAUAUUGCUGAAGCAUCACCAUCUGAAAUUCGGGGAGGACUUGUGAGCACCAAUGCACUAAUGAUUACUGGUGGACAGUUUAUUUCCUACCUUGUCAAUCUUGCUUUCACUGAGGUCAGAUGUUCCUGAUUUUCUCUAAAAUUCAACUUUUUAUCACUUAUCUUCUUAUUAUUUUCAUUCUUAUAAAUGAGUUUGAGAUAUCUUAAACUUUUAUGAGCUUCAAUAGACAAACUGUGAAAAAUCUUUAAAUCAUUUUAAUCAUUUUUGCUUAUGCCAUCUUGAGUCAAAAACUGGGAUCCCAAGUCCUUGGAGUCCCAAAUCAACCAAAAAGGAUGGGUUUGAACCCGAAUACCCGAUGUAAAUCGAACACACAGAGGUGAUCUUAAAUUCCAUCAUUACAAAUCAUUUGCAUUUGAUUUGAAUAUGAUUCAAAUAGACAAACCAAGAGUGUGGAAUAUACUGCCAUAAACAAGUUUUUGAUUGCCUUGACAGUGCCUGAUUCAUUUAGACAUCAGGAUGCAUGGGCCCAAGUAGUAGUUUUCUUUCUCAUGUUGAAGUUAUGGUGAGUAAGACUAUCUGGUCAAUUUUAAUAGAAUGAGCUUGUUGAAUCUUGCCACAUCUUUUUGCUGCUAUAAUAAUGUCUUGGCCUACGUUGUAUUUAGUUGUUCUUUAUCACACUGCUUUCUUUGCAUGAAGGGUUUUCAACUGUGCAGCUCUGAAGAACCAGCAUCAAGAUAGAUUUAUGGGCCUGCAUUAUAGUUUUCGCAAUGAAUAAAUCAGUGAAGGAAAUUGUUACUUUCUUUCCUGCCUAUACUAGUUCUGAUUUGGCUCCAAAUUAUAUUUAUCUAUCGCUUUCAAGUAAUGUCAUCUUUACUGGCUUUUGCAUUGAACACGAUCAUUUACUUUCCAAUUGCCUAAAUAUUCUAUUUGCAUCUGUAAGUGUAAUAAUGGACAAUUUUCAGAGAUCAGUAGCUUCUUUUCAUUUGGUAUUAUUUUUUAAUGUUUUCAUCCAUAACUAGAUGCGUGUAUAUGUUUAGAACUAGGAUUUCUUGUUUCUAUUCAUGAACAUUCUUCAAGUGUGAGGUUUUCUGUUGUCCCAUGUUGUCCACCUGUCUGUCGAUUCAAUUUUUUUUUGGAUUUCAUCCAUAAGUAUGUAGUGUGUUGUUGUUCAAUUUACACCUAGUCUUAUAUGGCAUCGUAGAAGUCUGGAUCAUGAUUUUUUCCCCUGUUGAGUAGUUGCAGCAAUCUCUUAAAUGAACGUAUGUUUCUGAAAUUGUUUUUUUCUAGGAUGUGGAACAGGGUUCCUUAGGUUGUCAAACGAUGCAUAUCAGAAACUGAAUAUUUAAUGUUUAAACACUUCAGUGUCAAACCUUCAAAAACAAUCAACAAUAUUUUUUUUCUUUUUUUGUCUGGAUUAUGCUUCUAUAAUAUUCUCAACGUCCCUCUGUUUUGUUAUCUCCUUUAAGUAUAUCUACAAUAUCUCCUGAAUUAUUAGUUUAGCCUAACUAUGUACUCAUGAAAGGGCAUUGUGGUUUGGCUUACAAAUUUUGAGUAAAUUUUUUAUCAAGUAGACGUUGGAAGUGUUACUUUGUCCUUAUGCGAUGUGCUCUUCAUGGUAUUUUUACGAUAUCAGCUUUGCUUGCAACUGUGUUUUAUGCUCAGUGUUGUAACAAAAUCAACAAAUUCUUUCUGCAAAUCAAAUUGUGGUUUGAAAUCAACUGUGAGAACUGUUACAUGCAAGGAUUUCAUGAUAUUGUAAUUAAUUUGACAGUAUGAAUAUUGUUAUAUUUUGACAACUUGUUAUUUUGUUUUUUAGCCAAACAAUUAAUUUAGGUUCCACUUCAUAAUUAGCUUUCAGCAUGGACUAGUGAAAACAAAAGACAAAAAUGUUUAAUCAGGAACACUAAAGAUUAUUGGUGGGGUAUGCAGAAAAACUAGUGAUGUUCAAAUUAGGAAAGUUAAAACGUGACAAGCUAAAAGUGGAAGGACACCAAACAAACUGCAAUCAGUCCCAUGCGAAAUUAGGAAGUAGGGUCUGCCAAGGGCUGAGGGGGAUGAGAUGCAUGUAAACCUUAUAUCUACCCCUAAGAGUAAGUGAAUUACAAAAUCUAAAAAAGUUUGUAGUGUGCAAGUUAGGAGAAUGGACAUUGUAAAUAGCUAUAAUGGAAACCAAACCAAACAAACCAGUAAGUCUCAUUAGGUAGUUAAAGUAGGAUAUGGGAAAGGUGAUCUGAAUGCAGGCCUUAUUUCUACCUGAAGAAUUGAGAUGUUGUUUCUGUGAAGACUGGGUCACUGGGGGCCAAGGUAUUUUUUUUUUGAAGUUUGUAAAAUUUGAAGAUAAUAGUAAACAUCUUGAAGUAGAUAAGGAAGACAUCCAACGAUGGAAGGUAUCAAGGUAGUGUGAAUACUUUGGGCAGAUGUAAUAAUUUUUUGUCAAAGCAAUGGCUGGCUCACGACAAUAUGUUCCUUAUUGUACCUUAAAGUAUGUUUAUGUUACUUGAUGAUGAAGCUAUGGUUUUAUGUUAUUAUCCAAUAAUUGCCAUAACAAUUGUUGUUUCAGUUUUUGUUAUAUAAUAAUCAUUUGUUUUUUGACUUUUUAUUAUUCAUCUGACCAAUCUUUUUACUGCUUAGCUAAUUGCUCUGGUUAGUUAAAAUUUGUCAUGUGUAAUGAUCUGGCAUGGAUAUUGAACAUUUGUCCUGUGUAAAUCAUCGAGCAGGUCCCCGGGACUUGGAGAUGGAUGCUUGGAGUAUCUGCUGUGCCAGCUAUUAUACAGUUUUGUCUAAUGCUAUUCAUGCCCGAGUCUCCACGGUGGCUCUACAUGAAGAGUGAUAAAUCAGAAGCUACAGUUGUUCUUUCCAAAAUCUAUGAUCCUUAUCGCUUGGAGGAGGAGAUUGUUCAG